ACAGGCACAACUCUCGGGUUUCUUUGGAUUAUUUACACCCACUGUAGGCACAUUAUGCCAGCGCCCAUUUAAAAAAAAAUACAAAAAAAAAAAACAAAAAACAAAAAAACAGCAAUUUAAAACUACAUUGCUUGUGGAUAAACGUACACAGCCGGAAAAACGUGACUUAAAAACUUUUCUUCGGCGUACACAAAGUGCCGUUCUGUGUUAAAAUUCCCCCUAAAUUCGCCUGAAAUCCUUACACCAAAACAUCGUCGGGAGCGGUUGCCAUUGUUGUGAACUGAUUAAAAGUUUCUGUUUCGUUGAAAUAAAGUGCUGCUUGGUGAAUUGUGUCGAAUUAACCAUCCUAAUGAUUUAUUUAAAAAACAUUAAAGUCGUGCUCUGUGUGUGCGUACUUUCGCCGAGGCAGUGAACUGUCAUAUUUGAGCUCGAUGUCCUCUGAAUGAAUGCGGUGCUGGUGUUGUAGGCCCGUACCCCAUGGAGUCCAAAAUAACAUGUUAUACAACAUGUUAUUUAAUUGUUUCGUCGGAGAAAACGUGUCCGAGAAUUAUUGUGCUGUAAAGUUUAGAUAACAGGCGUCAGCAGCUCAACAGUCAGUGAGUAGCUCCGUGUUUUGUGGCUCUAUUUUGUUGUUCAGCGGAGUUAUUAUCAAACGGGCCGAGUGCCACAGCUGAGAUUUACCACCUAAACAAACAGACCUUUUCGUUUCCAACCAUCUUCACCGUGCGCUUGCUGUGUAUUUCUCUAACACUGCGGUACAACUUCGCUUGUGAGUAGUUGUGUCAUAAUGUGUAACUUUUAAUGCAAGUAGUUUCACAAACUAAAGGUUACUUGUUGCUCCCUCCCCUUCCCAGCGCUGUUGAAUAUGUAUGAAGCGCCGCCCGGCUGUCCCGUCCCAGCUAACUUUCCAGUUUACUAAAUCUGCACUGAGCCGACGGUCAGCAAGGCCAGGGGAAAAGUAAGGUAUACUCGUUUGUUUGACUCAGGGAAAACGUCGCUAAUAUUUUUUGUCGUGUGGUGGACUGUUUUUACAGUUUUGUUCAACUUGUGUGAAGGUAUUUAAGCUGAAGCGGACGGUAGGAGUGAAAACAAAAGUUGUUUUUUUGGUAACAGGAGCGUCGGAGUGAUUUGGGAGGGCAGUACUGACAGUAAGGAGGCCGCAAACUGUAUGCCCGCCCGUCGGCUGGAAACUAAAUCCGGCCAACUUUUCCUGAAACUUCCUAACGAAACUUUUUGACAUUAUUCCAGAACAAAUCAAACCCCACAAAACAAGAUGAACUCAAAUCAGCAGCCUAUGCCGGGGCAACAAGUGGUGCUUGUUGCCCAAGACUCUGACACGGACCUGGAGGCGCUAUUUAAUUCGGUCAUGAACCCAAAACCUUCCUCUUGGAGGAAGAAACUGCUGCCUGAGUCUUUCUUCAAAGAACCAGACUCAGGCUCUCAUUCCCGUCAGAGCAGCACCGACUCCACCUCCCAUCCUCCCCGGCUCCAGGUCUCCCACACCCGCUCCCACUCCUCCCCGGCCUCCCUGCAGCUGGGCACGGUGAGCAGCCCCAGCCCGGGCCCGCAGAACCAUCAGCACCAGCGGCACCAGUCCUUCGAUGUGGCCGAGGAGCUGCCUCUGCCACCCGGUUGGGAAAUGGCCUACACUAGCAACGGGCAGAAGUACUUUCUCAAUCAUAUAGAGAAGAUAACAACAUGGGUCGACCCCAGGAAGUCCAUGGCGCCCAACAUGACACGGAUGUCCCUGCUUCACAAUGCCCAGAAUAAUGCCACCACACUCCCUCAAGCACUCACACACACACCGUCACACAACCAGUCACAGUGCAGCAUGGCCCCGUCUCAGCCCAACCUGGGGGAUUUACCAGCUGGUUGGGAACAGGCAGUCAGCCCUCAGGGAGAGACCUACUACAUUGACCACAAAACACACUCCACCUCCUGGCUCCACCCAAAACUCUUGAUGCAACAGCACCGACAGCAUCCACAGCAACACCAUCACCAGCAGCAGCAGAUACAGGCCCAGCAGGUGCCAGUUCAGACCAUGGGCUCACCCAGCACCCUGGCCCAGCAGCACAGCUCCGCUGGUGGCAUGAUGGUUGUGGGAGGGCCCCUGGGGGCUGGGGCUAGUGGAGUUGGUGGGGUUACCAGUGUUCAAGGUGUUGGUGUUACCCAGCAGCAAAAGAUGAGACUCCAAAGGAUCCAGUUGGAGAGAGAGAGGAUCCAAAGACGACAGGAGGAACUCAUGAGACAGGAAGUGGCACUAUGUGGACAGCUACCUAUGGAAGCAGACAGCUUAGCAUCAUCACUGCCUCCUGCUGGGGCCAAUCAGAAAAACAACAGCAACAUGGCCAGCGCUGGUUCAGACCCCUUCCUUAACAGUCAUUUCCACCACUCCAGAGAACAGAGCACUGACAGUGGAUUGGGUUUAGGCUGUUACAGCAUCCCCACCACACCCGAGGACUUCCUGAAUAACAUGGAAGAAAUGGAUACAGGUGACUCCCAGGCGCAGGGCAGUCUGAGCAUGCCCACUGGACAGCCAAGUCGCUUCCCUGACUUCCUGGAUUCACUGCCAGGAACCAAUGUUGACCUGGGAACUCUGGAGGGAUCUGACCUCAUCCCCAUCCUCAAUGAUGUGGAGUCUGUUCUCAACAAGAACGAACCUUUCCUCACCUGGCUAUAGACGCACACACACUCACUCUCUCUCUCUCUCUCUGACACACACACACACACACACACACACACACUCACACACACACACACACACAAACAGUAGAUAAAGUCAGAAAUAAGCACAUCAGUAGUUUCUACACAGAUAUAUUAGCAUUAUUCUAUCCACAUGCAUACACAGGAGGCUGUAACUAAGAAUACACACAUCAACACCUGCAGCACAGAGGAAGGAGGACUCAUACUGGCUGUGCUGCCUCUCUGCUCUCAUCACUCGUGUUAGUUUGCUCUGCUGAGGAUGUCUGAAGGGUGUGGACUCAGGUGAAGUCUGGACUGCGAUGAUAACUAGGAUGACACUGGAUAGACAGAGUUAAACGAUUGAAUUUUCGGUGGCAGCCAUAGUACCACAGUUCAGCCCCAUGGCUGUUGCUGGUGAUUCUGUGCCAGCUGAUUUCUUGAGUGUGUUGUUAUGGUGACAGUGAUGUUAAGGAGAACAUUGUUACAUAUUUACAUGCUAAUGCUUCUUAGUUUUUGAGAAAGACCAGCAAAUGAGAGUUCAUAGUAUAACCUAACAAAACUCUGUCCGUUAUGAAUCAAAAGCCAGACACCACUGGUUUCAUGGUUAUGCAUAUGUUGGGACCUUCAUGGUGAGCUGGUUUGUUGUUAUGCUGCCUUAGCCACAGGGGGAAUACCCAUUAUAAUUCUAAGAUCCAGCUGAAAGCAUUAAACUGUUUUAAAAUGGCCUCCUUACUGUCAGUAUCCCCUCUAGUAAUUAACCAAACAAAGUAGUGGAUUUUAUUGUGUAACUGAGGAAAACCUCUUGCAUUUCCUUAUUCAAAGUGAACAAAUAGUGUUUGCAUACAUUUAUCACUCAGCCAAAGGGGAAGUGCCCUACUUUGUUUUAAAGAGUAUCUAAACCCCAAACCCAAAGCUGUGUGAAGCCUGACCUCUAAAAUGGUGAAAGGUAGGAAGCCAAUGCCCACUUGCAUUAAGUGAAAUACUUUCCUUGGCAGUUUGCUUAAGAUUUCCCAGGGAAAAGUAUUUUGCACAAAUUUAACUAAAGUAAUGUACCAAGGAAACAUCCUUAGUUAAAUAAGGUGUUAUCCUUAAGUGCACAUCAGAGCACUAAAGAAUUCCUUAAAGUUCAUUAUCUGUUGCAUAAAUGUCCUUAGCGAUAGAAAUAAGGAAAAAUAAUUAAGGUAGCUUCAAGCGCUAUUUUGGCCAAAACAAAGGCUAAACCAUGGCAGAGAAGUUUUUUUUUCCUCUAAGGAAGUGUAUCAAAAUGUGCAGAUCCCAUGUGUAAGGUUAGCCAACUUCGGGAGCUGCUGGAGUCGAAAUUAAAUUAUGGGCUCUACCUUCCAUAUAUUGCGUGAGAUGCUGCUGUUGGGAUGACAACUGUCUGGAAAACAUGGACUAAGUGAAAUCAGCUCUAACCCACGGAAUGAGUGUUUUGUUGUCCUUCAAGUAGACAAAUCACCUCCUCACAGUGACGGGGUCUCCCCUUUCACUUUUAAUGGAAAGGAAUUUUUUUAAAUCUACCACUAUAUUUAUAUGUGUAUAUAUAUACAUUUAAAUCCUUGUAGCCUUGCCAAACACAGAAAGAUUGUGACAUUUUUGCAGCUGUUUUUUCACAAUUAUCACCACAGUUAUCCGCAGGGAAGUCUGGACAGUGUUUACCAGUGUUUUGUGACUGUUGAACUGUCAAAAGAUGCAAAGUAUUUUACCUUUCCUCAGGAAAUCACUAAAGAUGGUUUUUGCAACACCCUUAAGCACAGUCCUUAGGUAAGGAGAAAAUACCAUAAGUGAAAUCUUGAGGACAAAAACCUGGAUGCUUUGGGCACUGGGUGAUGACGUCGCCUGCCACCAAAGACAAGGCAUCCUGCUUUCACCAUUAGAGGUCAGGCUUCAGAGACUUGGCUCUGGGUUUAGUAGCGAGCUAGCUUUGUGGGCUUUCCAGCUGUUGCAGCAGAUCCUUAGUGGGCCUUAGCAGGCCUACUUUAAAGCUAAACAUAUUUUAAGUAGUCAGAUCAAAGCAUUUCUUCGAGGUUUUUGUACCAAAUAUGUAUUUCCUGUUUCCUUUUGUUGAGACGAUCUAUAUAUCUGCUGAAGCUUUAAACUGUUGACCUUGUUUUAUUAUUGAUUAUAAACACUUUUUUGACUAGGGUGCAGUAACCGUGUGAACAAGCCAUGUUAUUGUUGUUGAAACUAUACUUAAGUGUUUUAUACUCUUUUAUACGUAUUGCUACAGUAUUCUGUAUUAUUAUGUAAUUGUAAGAUUCAUGAAUUUAAUUAUGCCAGAUGAUUUGUUACAGUUUUCUGUGGCCCUCUAGGUUUCCAAAUGCAACAUAGCAGUAACUUUCGUCUUUGCCAUUUGGAGUUUUCAGUGGGACAACAACUGUUUCUGUGGUCUUUGAGUGAAACAGCGUUUUUAUACCAGUGGUUUUCAGUAACAUGCAUCUUAUGCAUCAAAAGGACAGAGAACUUGCCCCAUUUAUUGUCAGUGAGGCAUAUUUCUUUUGUUUUUGCCACUGUUUUAAACUCAACAGUAUCUCUAUGCCACCAUCCCAUCCCACUUUCAAAGGUGCAGAGAAAGUCUUGAUGAUAUGAAAACUUUGGAGACCACAAGGCCAGUUCCCUAUACUGUAAUCUAUAAGUCUAGACAGAUUGCAUAUACCACUGUAGGAUUUGCAUUACUAGAGGCUGUAUUUGUAGUAUUUAUCAUGACAUAGAUUUUCCUUCUGUUAGUACCUUUUACAGAUAGUUUUUAAUGGAAAUUUGAAGAUGUACAUUUCUGAGCACUACCAAUUGAAGAUGUGACCAGUCGUUAUUCAGGAGGAUGAUUAAUCACAAAGUGAGUUUUGGCCUCGACAACAAGUGAACGACCUAAAUUCCACUCACCCAGUCAGGAUUCUCAGAGGCACUACUGUAUGUAGCAAAAAACAGCAUACAUUUUCACAAAGCAAGCAUGUGAGACACUUGUAGACACUAAUGGACAGUAGCAUGGUGGUUGCUAGCAGUCUGAAUAUAGUUUGUCUUGUGGGUAUUUAUUGCAUGUUAUUGUUAUAAUUAUGCAUUCCCCAUAUGUGAGAGGUGUGGGUAGACAGUUUGUCAUUUGUCAAUUUGUAAUCAAUAAGUCAGAUUAGUAGUAGAAUGAUGUUUAAGUGAAAGGUGUUUUUUAACCAUCAGUGUUCAGUUCACUUAAAGGUAUUUCAGUAACUGGAUUUGAUUUAAACUUCAUGAUAUGGAAGAUGAGGAGCGAUAAGAGUUGGCUUGACUCGUGUCAGGCAGGUUAGUUAGAGAGGAAGAGGGGAGAUGAGCCAGAAGGAGUGUGGUUUAUAUGUGUUGUCAUUGAUCCAUUUGGAAUCAUACAGUAAGGAGCUCUGACGAUGGGUGCAGGGAUUGGUAGGUAGAUUUGUGGUAGUGAGUGUAGAGUGUCUAGUGUUGCUGUGGCAAACUAAGAAAUGAGAAAUAAUGAGGAACAGUGCAUUCUUAAUUGAUCACAAUGGCUUUUGGUGGUCUUGCAGUUCAGCAACUCAAGCCAAUUGAUAGGCAGAAUCAAUGUUCCAGACAUAUCCAGGUGUCCCAAGCUGACACAGUGCCAUUCUACUGUCUACUGCCCACAUUUCCCCAAAACAACAUGUGACUUUUUUUUUUUUUAUCUUAUUUUAUCUUAUUUUAUUUUUUAUUUUUAUUUUUAUUUUUUGGGGGGGGGGGUUCUCACAUGAUAAUCAGUUAUGGAUGUUAUAAUCACUCUUGGUACCAGAGUGAGCAGCUACAUGUUCUCACUUUGGGUCCCUACAUGACAAAAGUGCCAAUAUAUUUGAUGAUUCUGGGUCCUAAGGUGAGACGCAGUGCGAGUGAAAGAGAAACUGAGUCAUCUUGGGCAAUCAUCUUUGGGCCAUGACCCACAAUUUAAGCACCCCUGCCUUCCUGUACUACUGCUUUGUGUUAAGCCAGCUUGCUCUUUAUAACUCUAUUACAGGUCAUGUCAUGAUUUGUGAAAUCUUUGAACAGAAAGAUGGAAUUAAGAUUCUGUAACCUUGUUAUAAAAAAAAAAUGAAUAAACCGGUUAUGAAACCACA